AUGUGUUCGACUGAAGAAUCCUGUGAAUGCACGAUAGAUAAACGAUCCGCACGCAACAAGUCCGAUCGGCGUUCAAAAUGUAUUCGGUGCGCAGGAUCUAGAGGCCAUCCGGCUCUAGUAAUCCGCAGUGACGAUCCGGCUUUGUGCAAGGACUGCUUCAUUGAUGGUUGUGUGCACAAGUUCAAGUCUGCAUUUGGGAAGAGUCAGCUAGUACCAAACGGGUCGAAAGUUGCGGUGGCUUUCUCCGGGGGCCUGGCUUCACUUGUGAUGCUUGAUCUGAUUCAGCGGAGUAACGUUCGCUUCACUCCUGUGUUGUUUCAUCUCGUAGUGGAUGGACCUGAUUCCGAACGUUUGAACCACAUCCGGUCUGUGAUGUCGAAUUCAGGACUCGAAAAUCACCUCAUGGAUCCGGUGCAAAAUCGGAUUCUGACUGAAUUUCGUGGUAAAAUGCUAUCGAAUUGGACUCGAUCAAGCUUGAGCGAGUUUUCUGAGUUGGAUACGCUGUUAACUAAACUGAUGCUUGUCCAUUGUGCUCGCAAGCUGGGAUGUGAGUUCAUCUUGCUUGGUGCAUGUGGGACGCAGCAAGCGGUAAACUUUCUCGAUGGAAUCAUUUCCGGCAGAGGAAGCUCAGCGAGUUCAGACACGAUGUUCGUUGAUCGACGCUACGGUAAUCCGGUUGUGCUGCGACCCCUGUUUGAGUUCAUGUCCAAAGAGCUGGUAUUCUAUGCCCGAUUCCGAAACCUCUGUUGGAUUUCACCAAUCGAUCCGAUCACACAAGUGAUCCUUCCUCGUCCCGGAUUGACUACUCUUCCCCGACUCUGUGAGGAUUUCCUCAUCGGGUUACAAUACACUGGGUUCCCGUCCACAACACAAACAAUUCUCAGUGGUCUGAGGCGUCAUUUUGGUGGUCCUCUUCGGUUUUUAUACUAUGUCUGCAAGUCCGAUGUGACGAUUUCCGGGGUACUGAAGGUUACUUUCAUAAUCCUCGAGCCGUUCCCACGGUAG